AUGAAGCAGCCUAUGGUGGAGUUGUUUGUGAAAGCCUCAACCGUUGAUCUUGGUGAUAAGGGUGCAUGUCCCUUUUCUCAGAAAUGGUUUAUGGUGUUCUACAUGUUUGUGGAGCGACAUUUGAUCAAUCUACGAGUUAUUCCCGUCUCUAUGGCCAAUCCACCCAACGAAUACAGUCGACUUGACAUGGGGAAGCAAUUGCCAGCCAUUGCAUUCUACAGCACUCCCAGUGACGAUGAAAAUGCAUUGGAUACACCAGACUACGUGCUUGCAGGAAAUGACGAAUUGGAGGAGUUCAUCAGGUCCAAGUACAGCUCCGAGAUGAACAUUGAUGCUGAAGAACAGUGGAUUGGGGCAGACCUGUUACGAAGUCUCAAUCACUUCUUGCGCACAGGAUCCUCACAACAAGUGCUGGCCAAUCUCUCUGCUGUAAAUGAUCACCUCCUAAAAAUGAAAACCACAUUUUUGGAGGGUAACACCUUCUCCUACUCCGAUUGUGUGCUCACCUGCAAAUUGCAUCACGUGCGUAUCGCCGCGUCCUUCUUUCGUGGACUUGACAUUCCCAACGAGUUUACUUACCUCUGGUCGUACCUGAAGGCUGUCUACGCCACGAGGGUGUUUGAUGUCACUUGUCCGCUAGAUCGUGACAUUUUAUUGCACUAUCUGGAGAAGGUGGACUUUCUCAGCCUCGAGGCCAGAAAUGAGGCACAUCACGAAAUUAUCCUCCUGCCACAAGACAACAAGAGUACUUUCAUUCCCAGCGAAAAUCCACAAGCCGCCGCUCAGAUGCCACACCUCAUGUGCUCGGGAGUACGGCUGGUAGUGCACAGCGUGAUGCCAUCCAUGGAAUACGACAGAACUAUGCCAGCUCGGCUUAGUCGCCUAUUUACAGCAGUGGAGUAG